CUGGGCGGUUAUAUUGAACUGUCACUUGCGCCAAAGUGUCGGCAAAAGUACAAAACAAAGCGUUGGUUUGAGUGCGUUUCGAUUGGUGGCAUUGAUUUUCUUUAAUUAAAAUGCUUUUCUAUUCCUUUUUCAAAUCCCUGGUAGGGAAGGACGUUGUAGUUGAAUUGAAGAAUGAUCUAAGCAUUUGUGGCACGUUACAUUCGGUGGAUCAGUACCUGAACAUAAAGCUCACAGAUAUCAGUGUGACCGAUCCGGAAAAGUAUCCACACAUGCUGUCGGUAAAGAAUUGUUUCAUCCGUGGUUCAGUUGUAAGGUAUGUGCAACUGCCUGGCGACGAAGUGGACACACAACUGCUGCAAGAUGCUGCACGAAAAGAAGCUGUAACAAGCGUACGAUAAGUAAAGAAUGUGUGUAUAUGUUUAAACAUUACAUAUGGUAUUAUUGGGUAGAUGGUAGAGAGGUGAUGGGCUGGCGAUAAUGAUGACAAAUGUGAAGAAAUAAUUGUCGAGUUCGGGUUGGUCAUCUCGGCCAGAUAACUUACCUCCAGGCGAGUGUACAUCAGAGCCAUGAACUAAAUUGUUAGCGUAAUUUGGUUCCGUUUACAAAAUUUAUAUUCCAUAAUAUUUUCAAUACACCAACAUGUCGGGUCUAGGUUUAAAUCUUCUCUACUCAUGCGUAAGGCUAUUUGUGAUGCUGAUAAAACCACGUUUGAGAUAGGCAGUCAUUAGGCAACUCGGGUUAAGACUGAGCGGUUGUAGAGCUAAACGAGAAGCACAUUUCUUUCACUAAAGCUAGGUGUAAUUAAAAUUGGUUGUUUGUAUUGCCAUUAAGCCAGCAAUUUUAGAAUUCCUGUGAUUGAAGCCGUACCAAUCAUGCCUGUUCUUAUUUAUAUUUGAUAUUUGAAGUAUGAUAAUUGGAGCAUGAAAUACCAACUCACCAUAGGAAUUUUGAUGUAUAUUAAAAUUACAUUACCAUGAUUAUGAAUUAGAUUUCAUUAAGCAGCAUCCGUUCCAUCUUUGUCGUAGAUCCAAUAGAGUGUAACGUAGAGUAACUGAAAAAAAGAACUCACUGCACUCUGCAAUCAGCGUCAUCAGCAGAUGAAUAAACUCAUCGAU